AUGCUAGAGGCCUUUCACUGGAGUCAAUGUGCCCGUUACUUGGUGCACUGGCUUGCUUCGUCAGCCUUAGGCUGUAAUCGUCACAAUUCGAUCCUACACAAGGGACCUACAAAUCAGGGUAAGUACCGCAAAGCUUUCCGAUCCAUUGACUGGUAUCUCAUUUCAGCGGGCCUAACAUGUAUCUUUCCUACUGCAGCGCCCUGCACUCUUGUUCUUGUCAACUUUUUCUGGGCGGUGAUCGCAAUUGAUCGGGGAAUUAUCUGCUGGCUCAAUCAUCGCGUACCGUCUAAUCGGGCCCAAGUCCUUUGGUUCGACACCAUUUUCGAGCUUUUCUGCAUUGCCAUUGGGUACAUCUGCUUUUUGGUAUACUCUACACCUCUCGCGCGGGAUAAAAUGAUAGAGGUCGAAAUAGGGAUCAUCAUAUCUGCCUCGGGUGGGUAG